UAACACUAUAAUUAAUACAUCUUAAUGUUAGAUGUCACCAGCCAUUAACAUUAAAAAAGAAGAAGAAGCCCUCCUCUGGCUCAGACCGUUACAGCCCCUCCCUUUCCUCCUCUGCAGAUCUCUGUCGCAGCGCUAAACGUCGCAUGAAUCUAUAUUUCGGACGGAGAGAUCGACUCAACCAGGAAAUGGCUUCUUCUCUUCCUGCAUCUCUGUUCCUGCUGUCUGUGGUUUUCUGCCAGUUUCUCUCUGCUGCAGCUCAGAACUACGUCACAAUCAAAGCUACAGUUGGAGAUAACGUCUUUCUGCCAUGUAAAGAUCCUGACCAGGAGGAGAUUGUAGUCGUAGAGUGGAGCAGAACUGACCUGGGGCCAGAAUCCGUCCUCCUGUACAGAAAUUCGCAGUUUGAUCCAACAAAGCAGCAUCCAUCUUACAGGAACCGGGUUGAUCUACUGGUUGGUCAGAUAAAUAAAGGAGACGCGUCUUUGGUUCUGCAGAACACAACGACUGAUGACAGCGGAACAUAUGAAUGUCACGUCGUUAAAAGAACUGAGAAGAAACGGAUCAGCUCCGUCAGCCUGGUUGUAACAGAUCCUCCAGAAAAACAUUCUCCUCAAUGGCUGACCCUGAGUGGGUGGCUUUGGUGACAAAACACUGCAUGG